CAAAGACUGGAUAUAAUCUUGUAUAAUUUUCACAAAACUGAAGUUAUUGUUUUAAUUUAAGUUUAAAUUAAAUGUAUUUAAUUUUUAUAAAUUCUCUCUCCUUAGUAAUUAGCAUAUAUUGCCUAAAAAGUUUGAGAGUAUUUAUAGGCUGCUUGGUUAUGGUGGCAGUAUACAUUGGAGAACAGUCCUAGCAAAAUUAUUGCAGUUAGUUCUAAUCAAUACAAUUUUACUUUUAGGCGCUAUAUCUUCGGAAUGUAUCCGUUUUGGUAUAAGAUGAUCUAAUUUAUUUUUUCUGGAGUUACUUGUCGGAUUAAUUUUUUAAAGAAACAUACAGGCGGUUAAGUGUUGACUUAACUCAGUCAAAAUGGCUGCAAGUGAUUCAUCGUCGGACGAUUCUCUUUAUCCUAUUGCUGUUCUUAUAGACGAACUAAAAAACGAAGAUGUGCAGUUGCGACUUAAUUCUAUUAAGAAGUUGUCGACAAUAUCUUUAGCACUUGGUGUUGACCGAACAAGGAGUGAACUUAUUCCGUUUCUGACGGAUACUAUUUAUGAUGAAGAUGAAGUAUUGCUUGCUCUCGCCGAACAACUUGGGCAGUUUACUCCGCUUGUUGGUGGCCCUGAAUAUGUUUACUGUUUGUUGCCUCCUUUGGAAUCGCUUGCUACCGUAGAAGAAACUGUUGUGCGGGACAAAGCUGUAGAGUCUUUGAGGCACAUAAGUUCCCAACAUAGCCCACAGGACCUAGAGAAUAGGUUCGUGCCUCUAGUUACGCGGCUUUCUUCUGGCGAUUGGUUUACAUCACGAACAUCGGCUUGUGGCCUGUUUUCUGUCUGUUAUGGCCGAGUUAAUAGUUCAGUUAAAGCUGAUUUACGCACGCACUUUAGAAACCUAUGCCAAGAUGAUACCCCUAUGGUGAGGAGGGCUGCUGCAAGCAAGUUGGGUGAAUUCGCGAAAGUCGUCGAAUUAGAAUAUCUCAAAACUGAUCUUAUACCCAUGUUUGUUAGUUUGGCCCAAGAUGAACAGGAUUCGGUGAGAUUAUUAGCAGUAGAAGCUUGCGUUAGUAUAGCAUCGCUUUUACAACAAGAGGAUGUGGAACAACUUGUAAUGCCUACUCUCAGGCAGUGUACUUCAGACAAUUCUUGGAGAGUACGAUACAUGGUCGCUGAUAAGUUUACAGAGUUACAAAAAGCUGUCGGCCCAGAAAUAACUAAAGCUGAACUGGUCGGAGCCCUUCAAUCUCUUUUGAAGGAUUCCGAAGCAGAAGUCAGAGCUGCUGCUGCUAAUAAAAUCAGAGACUUUUGUCAGGCUUUGGAUCCUACUUGCAGAGAACCCAUUAUAAUGGUAAACAUUCUACCAUACGUGAAGGAGCUUGUUGCUGAUCCAAAUCAACAUGUAAAAGCUGCUUUAGCUUCUGUCAUAAUGGGGCUUUCUCCUAUACUCGGAAAAAAUAUCACAAUAGAACACCUUUUACCUCUGUUUCUGUCACAGCUUAAAGAUGAGUGCCCUGAAGUUCGACUUAAUAUUAUUUCUAAUCUAGAUUGUGUUAACGAAGUAAUCGGAAUACAACAAUUGUCGCAAUCAUUACUCCCGGCAAUAGUCGAACUCGCAGAAGAUGCAAAAUGGAGAGUGAGGUUAGCCAUUAUUGAAUAUAUGCCACUUCUCGCAGGACAAUUAGGUGUUCAGUUUUUCGAUGAAAAAUUGAACGCUCUUUGUAUGGCUUGGCUUGUUGAUCAUGUUUAUGCUAUCAGAGAAGCUGCAACAUUAAAUCUCAAGAAAUUAGUUGAAAAAUUUGGACCGGAAUGGGCUCAAAACACAGUCAUACCCAAAGUUCUAGCCAUGUCAAACGAUCAAAAUUAUUUGCAUAGAAUGACGUGUUUAUUCAGUAUUAAUGUAUUGGCCCAAGUAUGUGGUUCUGAAGUAACAGCUCAGCUAAUGCUACCUACAGUAAUUACGAUGGCAUCAGAUUCUGUUCCCAACGUUAGGUUCAAUGUUGCGAAGACCUUACAGAAAAUAGGACCUGUUCUUGACCCAGGCUGUAUCCAAUCCCAAGUGAAACCUGUGCUUGAAAAACUGAACGCUGAUGAAGAUGUUGAUGUGAAGUAUUUUGCUUCUGAAGCUAUGUCUGUCAUAUCAGCCUCAGCUUAAAACUUACAUUAACAGCAUCUCUGCAUCUGUGAAUAUUAAUUGAACGCCCCACAUCCUAAGAAGAUGUAAACGUUAAGAGUAUAAAUAGGCUAAGUGAAAUUACAGUUUUAGGUUCACUGAGACAGUUAAGUGAAUCUCUAAUUCAUUUAUAAAAUUUAGGUUUCUUAAUUUAGAUAAUAUACCUUUAAGAUGAAUACUUAACAUUAUUUGAAAUAUGAUUGUUGCAUUUGUUUUAUUUUCCUUUUAAUUCAAUUUUUUUUUUUUAUUUGAUUUUUAUUCAUUCAUUGUAUUUUUGAAAAGAUAGGAAUCUAAAUUUUGUUUUCAAUAAAUCAUACUGUGCAAUGUGUACAAUAAACAUUCUUACACUUAGUUAGUUUUUAUUUUUCCCUUCAGUAUGUUAAGUAGACUUUGAUUUCCAUUUUUAAUGUGUAUAUUUUUAUUUAUUUUAUUAUUAAUUGUAUUCUGUCCAGUUCAUUUCCUCUUGAAACAAAUUAGCAUGUUUUCAUAUAUUAGCUGGCAUUUUGGCAUGUAGUUUAGUCAAGUAUUGAUACCUAUUAUUCAUAUAAUGUUGGAAAUUUUAAUUGAAAUUAAUAAAAAAGAAGUUCUGUUUUU